AUGCCGGGAAUACACACAUUUUAUGAUGGAUCCAAAAUAUUGGAACCGCUGGCUGAAACAGUUGGAAUUGAAGUGGAUAGAGUAAAUUUCGUGCUGAGUCUGUUCGCCAGUUUUGGAAUCUCCUACAUCUACCAAAAAACAUGUUCACUGAAGCAAGUAAAUCGGCAAGUUAGGACAGUCGUUCCAGCAGUGGUCGGAUUGUCGUUGGUGUUCUUCUGUUUUGGAAGAGCUAUCAAACAUCUUCUUGCCAAUGCCCUCGGAAGUUAUGCUAUUAUGUAUUUCGCCCCACCAACUCAAGUUCACAAAAUUGUUAUGACAUUUUCAAUGGGAUACUUGUUCUUCAUUCACACGUACCGCUGGAUGAUUCUCGACACUUACAGUCUGGAUGUCACUGGUCCCAUUAUGGUCGCUGUAGAGAAAGUAACAAUGAUGGCAUUUAACUUGAAAGAUGGAAAAGUGAAAGAUGAGUCCAAGUUAACUGAAGAGCAACGGAAAGAAGCUUUGAAAGAAAUUCCAUCUCUUCUGGAAUUCAUGUCUUUCAUGUUCAACUUCCAGACAGUUCUCUCCGGACCAGCAAACAACUACUACGACUAUGUGAAGUUUUUGGAUGAGAAGCACGUUAUCGCUAAUAAGAACGGAAAAAUGCCAUCACCAACUGGUGUCGCCAUGACAAAGUUCUAUCAAGCUCUCGGUUUCCUAGCUAUCGUUGUCACACUCGGUGGAAGAUACAAAGUGGAAGAUGUUGGAACCAAGGAAUACUUCGAUCUUCCAAUGUACCAAUGGUUUUUCUGGUGGUUCAUCACUAUCUUCUUCAUCCGUUGUGCCUACUACUUCGCUUGGGUGUUUGCUGAUGCUAUUUGCAACAUGUCUGGAUUCGGAUUCAGUGGAUACGAUAAGGAAGGAAACGCCGAAUGGAAACUCUGCACCAACGUGCUUCCAUACCAAGUUGAAAUGGCUCAGAGUUUGAAGGAAACUCUCGAUGGAUGGAAUAUUCAAACCGGUUUCUGGCUCAGAAAAGUUGGAUAUGAACGUGCACCAAAGUCAAUCCGUACUGUUGCAACAUACUCUCUUUCUGCUGUUUGGCACGGAGUUUCAAUUGGAUAUUACAUGGCGUUCUUUACCUGCGGAUUGUUCACAGUUGCUGCUCAAACAUUCCGUCGUUCGAUGCGCUGGAGAUUUUUGGACAACGUGGACAAGAAGUUUGCUUAUGACAUCUUCUCCUUCAUCAUCAGCAAAAUCGCUUUGGCUUAUGCUACCUACUCCUUCGUCACAAUGCAUAUGUAUCCAGCUUAUGAUGUAUUGAAGAGAGUUUAUUUCAUUCCACACAUCGUUGCAUUUGCUGUCAUUUUCAUCCUACCAAAAGUCUUCAAACCACUUAAAAAGACACAACCUGCCAAGAUUGAAAAGGAGAUUAUCGACGAAAAGCAGAUCAAGCAGGAAUAA